AUGCCAAUUAUGUUCAUCUCCACAUUGAUCAUUCUGCUUGUUCCAAUUUGCUUGUAUCUCAGGGCUAGUUGUAGAUCAAAGAACCCACCAGUGCUUCCCACAAACUGGCCAAUGCUGCACAUGUUCCCUUCCUUCAUAGCCAACCUCCACAACUUGUAUGACUAUUACACCCUGGUCCUCGCCAGAUCAGGCCACAACUUCAGGGUGCAUGGACCACCUGGGACCGGGAUGCGCUUCUUCAUCACAUGCAACCCUCCGAACGCCCGGCACAUCUUGACGACGAACCACGCCAACUUCCCCAAGGGCACGGAAUUCGCUGAUAUCUUCAACAUCAUGGGUGGCAGCCUCUUCACCAUCGACGGUGAGUCGUGCCGCCAACAACGCGCCAAAGCCAAGAGCAUCCUCAGCAGCCCGAGGAUCAUUUCCAGUAUGGCGGUCUACCUCUAUGGCAAGGUGGAGAACAACCUCCUCCCAUUGUUCACUCGGAUGGCGAUCACUGACACUUCAUUCGACAUGCAUGAAUUGAUGUCGAGGCUUAUGUUUGACCUGGCUGCUAUGCCUCUCUUCGGUGUGGAUCCUGGCCUCCUAUCCUUAGACAUGCCGCCCAUGGACGCAGCGGUUGCCCUGGACACGGUGAUGGAGGUGGGCUUUUUUAGGCUCAUGAUGCCAGCUUAUUGCUAG